AUGUUUAUAGUUUUCGGUCUUCCCUUCACGCACCUAGCCACGCCGAUGCCGCCGGUGUACCGCCACGUGACUUACGUCCCGCGCGGAGUGGCCAACCGCCGUGCCGCGCUCGCAUGGCUGCAGGACAACGCGGUGCCUGAGUCUGUUCUCUACUUCCUCGACGACGACAAUGCCAUCGACGUGCGGCUUCUUGAACAGAUCCGUUUUACUGAGAAGGUCUCAAUGUUUCCUGUUGGCCUCAUAGGCAAGCUCAGCGUCAGCUCCCCCGUUCUCAACAAGGAAGGUAAAGUGAUUGGCUUUUACGACGGGUGGCCCGCUGGUCGCAAAUUCCAGGUAGACAUGGCAGGCUUUGCCAUCAACAUGGCUUACUUGAACAAACAGCCUCGAGUGACCAUGCCAUACUCAGCUGGCUUUGAAGAAGAUGGCUUCCUGAAGUCACUGAACGUAAAAUUCGAGGACAUUGAGCCGCUGGCCAACGGCUGCUCCGAGGUGCUGGUGUGGCACACGCGCACCGUCAAGAACCCCACACGCAACAUCAAGCCUGGGCGCGAGCACGCGGCCGACAACAUACAGAGGCUCUUGAGGAACAUGCAGAAAAUGGGCAUCGUGAGGUAGACGGCAUCACCACGUCUGCCGUCACAUAUUCUUACCUGCAUUUCAUAGACAAUUCAGACUCUUUGCAUGUAACACAAGACCACUUAUAUGACGAGGAGUCAGUUGUGUAAAGGCUGUUUUAAACUUAUUUCUCUUGUAAAUCUCUGAUCUGCAGUUUCAAUGAAUAUUGCAGUUUCAAUGAAUAUCUCUGAAUAUUGCAGUUUCAAUGAAUAUCUAUUGAGACUUACCUCACAGUGACCCAUCUCUUAAUUCUUAUGUCGGAGCACUGAAUUGAAGGCUGGCGUUCAACUGGCUGUGGCCUAUAGCUCAACUCCGCAAUACGAACUUCCUCUCGAUGUCUUGUCCUUUUCCUUCCAUUUAAUGUUUUACUUUUCAGAGAAAAUAUUAUGUGGUGUUUGAAAUUUCCUUAAGAUUUAUGCGGAAAUUUCCUCUCUAUAACACUAUAGUGCUUUCUUUAUAUAUUAAUUUUUGAAACAGCAUGAGAUCGAUUGCUUGCCUCUAUGCAGUAUAUCAAAUAUUGAUAUGAUGGUUGCUUCCUUACGUUAAUGGUCGGGUCUUGUCUGUUGUAGUCAGUAAGUUAUGUAUGCAUGCCAAGUUGUUCCUUCUGAACUUUGAAUUUAUUUUCUGAAGCUCUUGAAAGUCUACCUCAGGCAGCUGAACUGAAAGGCAACUGUCGCCAUCGAUAAUCUUUGCGACAGUUGCUCCAGCUUGUUUCCGUUUCCUUUCAUUUUUGUUCUGAGAACAAACUUUUAUAAACGUUUCGUGCAUGUGCUGUAACCGCGGCAGCAUGAGCAGGUGCUCUCAACUGCCAUGAAAGUUAAAGCUCUCUCGACUUGCCGUGAGUUUGCCGUGUUGUUCUUGCGCUUCAAAGGAUUGAAUGUACUUCUCCAUUCUCUGCUCUAUGUCUUAUCUUAAGCUAGGCUUGUUCUUCCUCGUGUUUCGAUGCUAGUAAAAUCCACCUUCAUUUCAAGUUAUUUAUUUUAGUUAAAUAUAUCUCUAUUGUAAAUUGAUGCUAGUGUCUUAGAAAGGCGAAUAUUUUAAUAUCGUACAGGUAGUCUCGCACAAACCAUGACACAACAGGCGUACGAGGGCAAUCAGUAUAAUUCAUUUGAAGGACCGUAAGCUACAAUAUGAAAUUCAAAUAAUUCGUUGCUGUCGUGAAUGAAAUGUUUAAAUUUAUAUUCAUUCAAGCGUUUACAUUUUUAUGGUUUACGGAAACUACUAGAAAUCUCAUUGAAUUUUAACCUGUUAGCUUCAUAAAGUGACUUGUAUCAAGAAUUCAUCAUUAAGUUUAAAGUACCACUAAGUGAAGAAAACAACUUGACUUUAUAGGAACCUACUUAAUUAGCUAACUUUAAAUAUGGGAUGCCAUUAAUUUAGAAUCCAAAAUUGAAAAUCAUAGCUCGCUUGUAAUAUAUUUUCCCAGUUAAUUGGAAAUUUAUGUUGCGCUGUUGUCACUCGUCUGGUUUGGUUUAUAAAGAAGAGCUUGUUACGACUGUUUGGCCCCUCCUUGCACUAAGUGUAUGGCUUGUCCACGCGAAUAAAUGAAUUGUUUUGUUUGCACGCUGCUUGUCGCCGCCACAGCAAAAGUCGCGACCAGAAAUACUGCCGUGCACAUAACUUCAUGUUGCUCUUUCUAUGCGGCGAGCUUUCCUUGGAUGUGAGAUGUCCUGACUGAAUGUAUCCUUAUCCUUAGUGUCCUUAGUAUAUGUUUUAUACAUAGCAGUCGUCUCGGGCCACGAUGGAUGUCACAAGCUACAGUUGUGUUUAAGCCUUUUUUUUUAUUGCUCGAUCUUGAAUCUCUUUAAUUCCUAAUUUUACUCUAGUAAACCCAGUGAGUAUUGUAGCACUAUUAAUUCAAGACACCAUCUUAUCUUAAUGUUCAUUUAUUCCAUUGUUUAUGUUUAAUGUUCAAUUCUCAAUGUCGUGUGACAAAUUGUGCGUACCGUUGAGCUUCUUCCAAAAGAGCUAUUGGCUCGAUCUGAAACUUGCAAUGAUAAUAUGUGAUGAUGAAUGUGUUAGAUCUGUGUGGUGGAUGUGUUAGAUCUGUGUGAUGGAUGUGUUAGGUCUUUGUGAUGUAUGUGUUGGGUCUGUGUGACGCCGUCUACUGGUCUCAAAUGAACUUGCUUCACGACGCUCCAACUGAUAGCAGCUCGCGUCACUGCGCAUUAUACUGACCACUAGGUGCUGGAUAUAUCCUAGGAUCUCAUUGAUUCGUUUUACAAACGUUCUUAUAUCUCACCACAUAGUCUCAGUGUCUAAACUUAUCAUUUGUGUUCAUUGGCCUCUGUAAGGAGAUAUUUUCUCUACUGUAGGGAGAUAUUUUCUCUACUGUAGGGAGAUAUUUUCUCUACUGUAGGGAGAUAUUUUCUCUACUGUAGGGAGAUAUUUUCUCUACUGUAGGGAGAUAUUUUCUCUACUGUAGGGAGAUAUUUUCUCUACUGUAGGGAGAAAUUUUUUCUACUGUAGGGAGAUAUUUUCCCUAUUGUAGGAGGAUAUUCCCAUUUUCUUCUGUAGGGAACCUCUUGUCUGGCUCUGUUAGGUGGUCUGCCUCUUGCCCUACUAGCAUCCAGUUUGUUUUCUGCCGCCACAAAUUUGUGUU